AGCUAGUCCAUGACGUCAUUAUCACCAGAAGUAUACUGUUGGCGAAACGUCCCAUAUAUAUUUUAAGAUAAAGAGAAAGAAAAUGACGACCCCAUGGCAACAAACACAGCCAAAUCAGGCAACUCAAGCGGCCUUAUGGUCCCAGCAAUAUGAACCUUCUAAUAAUUCUAGUAACGAAAAUCCUCAUUGGGCACAGGCAAGGAAAGCUUUAGAAAAAGCACAAGAAGAAAGCAGUAAAAACAAAAGCAACCAAGAAAAUUCUAUACAGAAUAACGCCCAUAUGAAUGUAUUUUCCAAUAAUCCAAAUGCUGCAUACUAUUACCAACAAGUGUCGUACUUCCAGAAUCAAGUAAACAAUAUGGGUGGCCCAAUGGGACCUGGACCUAUGCCACCAAGAUAUCCACCAUUCAGACAGCAACCCCCGAUGCCAAAUCAAAUGAUGUACACACCGCCCCCACCACCACCUGGACAAGACGCAUCAGGGGCAGACAAUAGUGGUCCAAGAUUCCCUGGAAACUCCAAGGAACGGCCACCCCCACCACAAUUUAAACCCCAGUCUUUCCACAACUUUCAACACAGGCCAAGAAAUCCUCCUGGUGCAAAUGGAAUUAGAUUUCAACUUCCCAAAAAAGGAUUAAAACCAGCCCAACCAUUCUCUGGACAGAAAAGAUUCCAAUCACCAUAUACACAGAAGGUGAAGAGCAUGGAGAAUCAAAAACAGAUCAAUCAACAAAUGAUGUCUGCAUCAGCCAACAACACUGUGUCUUCUAAACAAAGUGAAGAAAAAAAUCUGAAUGAUGCAUCAAAAUCAGGUGAACCUUCUGUUCAAGAAUGGCCAGAGGACUUAAAGAAUUAUGUGCACAGAGCAUUUGCCAGUGUGCCUGAAAGCUGUAAAGAUCAGAUGGAAGCAGUGCUGAAACAGAAACUGACAUCAGCCUUUGCCAAAAGCGAGUCUUGGGCAGUAGACUGGGAAAAGGAACCACUGCCCAUUAUUGAGGGGUUAAAUCAGACACAGAAACUGUUAGGAAAACAGCGCUGGGGAGAGGGUAGAGGUAGGGGUAGAGGAGCUCGAGGGAGGGGUGCUCAAUCUCCCUCCAAAGGCCCAGUGAGGAGUCUGUAUAGCAGAGACAGGGUACCAACUUACAGGAGGUCAAGGUCUGUUUCCAGUGACAGUUACGACUCUUCAAGGUCAUGUUCAAGAUCACCAAGGAGAAAAAAAGAUCGGAAGGACCGUUCAAGUAGAAGAAGACACAGCAGCAAUGACAGCAAUUCUUCAACAAGUUCAAGAAGUACGUCCUCGUUCAUGAGUUUGAGGGGUUCUAUGAGUAGCCCAAGAGGAAGAGGUAAAAAUCAAAGAGGUCAGGGACGGGGCAGAGGUAAAGCUGAUAAAAAGGAUGGAAAAGGCAAAACCCCAAACAAAUUCCAGAAAAAUGCCAAAAAUAUCAAGAAACGUGGCAAAAAUGUAUUUGUUCCUGAGGAAGAAGAUGAUGAUCCAGAAAAAGCUGCUCGGCUUCUGAAGCGAGCUGCUAGAUUUGGCCACCAUUUAGGAGGUGAUGCCAAGAAGAGGAAGGCUGAGCUAACCUUGAAUAUCAACAAUUUUGAUAAUUUGGAUGAAGAAGAUCUGGAUCUUACAAGUUUUAACAUUGUUGGAACAUGUGAGGAUCUGGAAAAACGUUACUUAAGACUUACCAAGGCACCUGAAGCGUGGCAGGUUCGACCCCCAGCGAUCCUCAAGAAGUCUCUGGCCAUGGUGAUGGAUGAUUGGAAGACCAAGGCAGAUUACCGCUAUGCGUGUGAGCAGAUGAAAUCCAUAAGACAAGAUCUGACGGUCCAGGGAAUUCGAGAUGAGUUUACAGUGAGGGUGUAUGAGACUCAUGCCAGGAUUGCUAUGGAGAAGGGAGACCAUGAAGAAUUCAACCAGUGCCAGACACAGCUAAAGCUGUUGUACAAUGAAGGGAUACAGGGAAACAACUUGGAAUUCACAGCCUACCGCAUACUAUAUUACCUCUUUACUUCCAAUACGCUUGACAUGACGACAGCUUUGGCAUCUCUUACUCCCGAACAUAGAAACGAUCCAUGCAUAAAGCAUGCCUUGAAAGUCAGAUCAGCUUGGGCAUUAAAUAAUUAUCACAAAUUCUUUGUUUUGUAUCAGAGUGCUCCUAAAAUGUCAGGCUACCUGUUAGACUGGUUUGUAGAAAGAGCGAGAAAAAUGGCUCUCAGGAGCAUCACCAAAGUAUUUCGACCAAUGGUAGGAGUAUCUUUUGUCCAGAGUGAGUUAGGCUUCUCCAACUCGGAAGACUGCUUCCAGUUUCUUAAAGAGAAGGGUGCAGUUUUUAGUGCAGAUAAUACCAAAUUGGACUGUAAAUUAAGCUCCACUGCUCUUCAAGCAGUAUGAGGCCCUUUGUAAGAAUAAAUCAGUCGGGAUGCUUUUAUCCGAUAUCAAGAUGGUCCUUGCGAACCCCAGCGAGCCCCAACCAAGCCGACGGCCAAAGUCCCCAUUUACUCCCAUUCUAUUAGCCCAUGUAAAGCCUAAUGCAUAUUACAAAUGUUCAAGGGGAGAAGUUUAUGUGGAUUGCUGUAUCACUGGUCACCCAGGUCUGGUUAGCUGGAUGUGUAAGUUGUAGAGGCCAUGUUCCAUCCAAGGAAGAGGAUCCUGCCACCGCCGUGGUGUCCUACAUCUCCUCUUCAUGACCCUAGUCAUGGUGACGAGAUGUAGCUCCCAUUCACAUACCAAGGAGCCCCAGGGAGCCGUUCUGUGCUUACUUUGGACGUUGUAGCAAGUUCAGUCAGGAUCCAUAGAAUGAACCAGUCUUUAUGCGUGAAUGAACAUUGUGAAUAAUUUUCUUGUCUGCAUGUGAUGUAAUGUAAAAAUCUGUCUUUUUAAUUUGUGAUAUAUGACUUUGUUGAAAGUUGCCAGGAUAGUUCUUCUUGUGUGUGUGUGGGAAGUGUAAAAGUUUUGUUGACCGUCAGGAAGUGGAUGGAGGAAAUAGCAGUACCCGUGGUGCCAUCCAAACCAAGUGUUUGCUGAGUGGUUUCAGGAAAGAGGGAUAUCAUGAACUUUGUCAAAUAACGUUUCUUUUGUUGUGUUGGUUAAAUAAUAUUUAUUUUCAGGUAGAUUUUACCCCUAAAUAUUUUUAGUUCCUGAAUGAACAUUAAUCCAGAUAAUGAACAACUGGUUUGCCUUUACCGAUGUUUGUGUACAAGAGUUGAUCAUCGAGGGGGUAUGGUAGUGGAGGGUGUGUCUAGUGGAGGGUUUCCUUUUGUUGAGUUAGGAUUGAAGGAGACUAAGCGAUUUCCUUUUCCGUCUGUUGAUCAUGUGCACAUCUAUUGAAGGUUUUCUUUUUCAGAAGCUGCGGAUUUCAAACAAGAUGUCAUUUUAAAAUGGUUUGUAAAUGGACGAUGCUGAUUCCGUCUUUUCUGUGUGAUUUUUAUCAUUUGAUGUAUCUGUGAUAUUUUGUUGUCUUGACAACAGCUGGCUGUUGUCAAGGUAUAUCAAUGACAGAAUGAAUGUAUUUGAUUGAAUGAAUCACGAGUACCAAUAUUGCACAAUAAAUAAAAGUUUAUAGUAA